UCCAGAUGUAUACCAGACAUACGUGGCAGAGGACAAAAAAUCACAGGAAAGAGGGGAUGGGUUUUGUCAGAAAUUUCGAGGAAACACCUGUGCCAAGUUCUUUGGGAAUCAGAGCAUCUACGUAACAUCUGAAUACUCCCAAGGGGUCAAAGAAAACAAUUUUAUCAGUGGUUUUACCAUCAUUGCCUCCUCCAGUGAGAUGUCGACCACAUGUCACCAGUACGCCAUACCUUUCCUGUGCUAUUUCACCUUCCCCCUGUGUGACAUGUCCUCAGACGAGCCACGCCCCCGACAAGUGUGUCGUGAUGAGUGCGAGGAGCUGGAAAAUCACAUCUGUGAAAAGGAGUACAAACUAGGCAUGAAUCACCCUGAUAUUGGUAAAAGGUUCCUACCUGUGUGUAAAGACCUGCCACCGGUCGGAACGGUAGAGGGAAAUAACUGUGUGAAAGUAGGGGUACCCACCCUUACUAAAUCAGUGUGGUACGGACAAAACAAAGGAUCCAAGAGCGGAGGUUAUGAUAUCCCAGAACUUAAUUGUUACACUGGGAGGGGAGAGAAUUAUCGAGGAACACACCAUCGAACAGUAACAGGCAAAAACUGUGUCAAUUGGCAGAACAACCACAAAUUCAAAGACCACCAUUCUCUUGGUAACCACAACCUGUGUAGAAAUCCCAAUGGUGACCCAGGGGGUCCUUGGUGCUACACGGACUACCAUUACAGACAGAAUGAAAGCUGUAACAUCCCUCAGUGCAUCAGUGGAGCUGAGCCCGUGAACAAAUUGAUGUACAUUCUGGUACCUGGAAUAAUUGUUCCUCUGGCCUUGAUCAUCCUAAUUGCUGUGGUGUGUUUGUGUCAGAAAAAGAAUGAUAAGGGAGCAAAUAGUAAAGGUACAAAUUCCUCCCAGAAUUCCACUGUAGAAACUGUUCCCCUCACUGGAAAAGCUUCGGGCUGCAGGAUCAGAGAAUUCAUGUUGUCUUCGGUACGGUUCCUACAAGAGCUUGGAGAAGGAGCAUUUGGAAAAGUUUAUAAAGGGGAAGUGAUCGGGUUAUAUGGAGAUAACACUGUGUCAAAAGUGGCCAUUAAAACAUUGAAGGAAAAUGCUUCACCUAAAAUCAAAAAUGAUUUCAGGAGGGAGGUGGAUUUAAUGACAGAACUGAGGCAUCCAAACAUUGUAUGUCUUUUGGGUGUCUCCAUGAAACAGGAACCAAUGUGCAUGUUGUUUGAAUUCAUGCCAUAUGGGGACUUGCAUGAGUAUCUGCUUACUCACUCACCAAAUUCUGAUAUGUCAAGUGUGGAUGAAGAAAGCGGCAAGAAGAUCAUUCUUGAAUACCCAGAAAUGUUAUUCGUCGCCAUCCAGGUUGCAGCAGGAAUGGAGUACCUUGCAAGUCAUCAUUUCGUUCACAGAGAUCUCGCUGCCAGAAAUAUAUUGGUUGGAGAUAGUUUGUCAGUUAAGAUUUCUGACUUUGGUUUGUCUAGAGACAUAUACUCCUCAGACUAUUAUCGAGUGCAAAGUAAAUCCCUAUUACCUGUCAGAUGGAUGCCCUUAGAGGCUAUCCUUUACGGAAAAUUCACCACAGAAAGUGAUGUGUGGUCAUAUGGAGUGGUUCUUUGGGAAAUUUUCAGUUAUGGACUCCAGCCUUAUUAUGGCUACACUAAUCAAGAGGUGAUAGAUGUAGUGAGAUCUCGCCAAAUCCUACCAAAUCCUGAGGAAUGUCCCCCACGCAUGUAUGGUCUGAUGGUGGAAUGCUGGCAUGAAAACCCAACAAGGAGGCCAACUUUUAGAGAAAUUCAUGCACGUUUGAGGGCAUGGAAGACUGAAGUUCUGAUGCAGAAUCCACAUUGGAGUAUUAGUCAGAGUCAGUCUGCUCACAGUGGAAGUACCCACCAGAGCUCCCAGAGUGGGCCAAGCCAUCACAGUAGUACUGGUCCUAGUAAUACUACCGCACUAACUGGCCUGACGGGCAGUAGUGGUGGGUCAGAAACCCCAGCCCAGCUACCCCAGGUCCAAAUGAUUGAUCCCCGAUACACAGACUUACCAAGAGUGCAUUACACCCCAGCACAGGCUGGCCUCCUUCCUCCCUCCAUGAUGCAGUCCCCACCCCCACCCAAUUACUCCAUGGUGCAUGCACAAAUGGGUAACCACCAGAAAGUUCAGCAACAGCCACUCUACCCUGUGGUGUGUCAGAAUGGUCCGCAAAAAAUCUCCCCUGCUGAAUCUGUGGCUUCCAGUAACAAGUCAUCGGGGAGUUCUGCUUCCCAUGACUCCUCCGCUAACUACAAAAUGGGUGGUCCUGCCACCAUCCCCCACACACAGAUCCAGGGGGAAGUGAACAAUGUCCCUAACGGGGUGUCGGUACCCAACGGACCGUCGGACUGCCAAAGAUUCAUGAUGACACAAAAUGUGUACAUUCCCGACCAGAGGGCGGCGGAUUAUCACGAAUGAGCAGGAAGUGUGAUGUCAUCAUUUUGUACAUUUAUACUCACUGAAUCAAAAUGUAAUCUAUAGGCAUGGUUAGCAGUGAACAGUUUACAGUUCAACAAGUCUGCAGUUCAAAACUGGCGUGUGAACGUUGAUAUUUGUUCUGUGUAGACCGACGUGUACUAUGAAUUUUAUCUUCCUUUUUUUUAUUGCAAGAUAUUUAUUUAGAGGCCUAGUAUUAUUUUUCUCAUACUGCAUUACAAAUUGUAUUACAGUGUACAGUGACAUGUACAUUAGUGUAAUAAGGUGUUGUAUUACAAUGUUCAAUGACAUGGAUGUCAUUGUGAUAUAGUGUUAUUGUUGUGUUACUUCAGUAUUGUUUUUCAAAAAGCAGUUUGUGUUUGUAUAUAUUUGAAUUUCUUUGAAGAUAUACCAAAGCAAAUAAUUUUCUAGUCACUGCCUUGAGAAAUUAAGGCCCACUGCAUAAUUUUGAUGAUGAGGAAAUUCUAAUUGUUAAGCUGUAAUAUUUUUCCUACAAUUAAUUUGUGUAUAGUAUAUAUUAUGUAUUAGCUUUCAGCAAUAAGUGAAAUUUGAUGAAGGGUCCAACAAAAGAGGUUGGACAUAUUACAGCCGCAGUGUUGACCGUCUGGCUUUGUACUCUUAUUUUUGUAUCAUCUAUACUACUAUUUUUAUAGCUUUACACAAACUAUUUAUAAUUAAGCAUUCUCACUGUCUGGUACAGAUCAUGAUUUACUUUGAUUUUAACUUUAAAAAUCAUGUUGUUUAAAUAAUGUAUUCAGGGUUAUUUUCACCCUUUUUUUUGCCCUUCAAUACUUUCAAAGGAUUUCGUCCUGUCUUGAGUUCACCCAGACACUGAGACAGAUAUUAGUACCCUCUCUAAUUAACAAAUUACCGGUUCUUAAAAAUGUUUUGAAUUUGUCCAC